AUGUACUGUGACAGAGUGAGCAUUUUAGGUUUGUUAGUUGUCAUCAGCGCAACUAUCAAUUCAAUCAGCUGCCUUAACGCUUUCGACUGUGCUGAUGAUUUACCGAAUUAUCGCUACUAUCCCUACGAUUGCCAAAAAUACUUCGGUUGUCAAAGCAGAGCAUUAAAUGUGUAUACUUGUCCAAAUAAUUUAUACUGGAACGAUAUUGUGAAAGCUUGUGACGUACACGAAAAUACUGAUUGCUCUCACAUAAUUCCAUUCCCAGACCCAGACUGUAGCGAUGGUAAAAACACUUACUAUUUAUACCCAUAUGAUUGUUCUAAAUUCUGGGAGUGUUACGAAAAAAGAGUAUAUCUACUGCAAUGUCCAAAUCGCUCUCUCUGGAAUGAGAAAAUAAAAGAAUGCGAUGAACAUACUAAUGUGGAUUGCUCACAUGUUAUCCCAUAUCCAGCAAGUACCACUAGUACCACAACUUCAUCAACGACUCCGCUAACUACUACUCGGCCAACGACUACCCGAUCUACAACUCCACGACCGACUACACCAUCUACAACUCCACCCCCUCCAGAACCAGUAACGCCACCGGAAUGUACCUACGACAAUACUUACUACCCAUAUCCAUAUGAUUGCUCCAAAUUCUACGAAUGUUCUAAUGGGAAACCCGUGAUCAUGCAAUGUAAAGAUGAUUUAGUGUGGAACAAUGCUAUCAAAACUUGUGAUCGUACUUAUAACGUAGAUUGUUCUUAUGUUAUUCCAACUCCUCGUAAGUAUUUUAGUUUUUAUUCUCUUUUACUUUCCUUAAAUCAUUUAAAUUUUAUACAGAACGAUUAUUUUAAUUAAUUUUGUGAAAAAUACCAACGCACUUACGCCUUGGUAAUAUUGCUAUUCUAAUUCUUUGUGCAGCUUUUCUAAUACCUUAGGAUAUUAGAAAAUUAUAGCACUAGUUUAUUUUGACUCUCAAUGCGGUAUUUUUAUCUCAAAAAUAUUUGAUGUAUUUAUAACAUAAAAUUUAGUGGAUAUACAAGUUUUUGUUUCAGAUUUUUUUUAUAUUUAUUUAUAUUAUUUUGUAAUUUUUUUUCUCCCAAAUACCUACUGUUAUGUAACAUCACGAAAUAUGACGUUCAUACACAAAAAUGUGUUCUAUUAAUAACUGUUACUCUCAAAAAAAUUGUUUUCAAAUUCUACAAACUUGUGAUUGUGUCACAUCACCAAUAGUUAGAUAUCAUAAAAAAUAUUAAGGGUAUAGUCCGUUAUUAUGCGAAAUAUCCUAAAGUAAUGACUCUGCUCCACAAUCCCGAAAAAAUUAGGUACGCGAUUGGCUAAAAUUAG